GCGCUAUAUAAAGAUGAGCAAAUACUUUAUGACAAGUAUAGGCCCCAGCUAGCCAGGCAGAGUUUCUUUCAUCAGCUCAGCUUGUUUAUGCCUUUCUAAUCAACAUGACAUAUCGCAAAUUUGAAACAUUUAGUUCCGCCUAUAUUAAGACCGAAGACUGUAAGUAAUAAGAUGACUGCAAGAAUGCAAAAAAUGGAAGGUGAGAAAGGAGCUGCAGAUCAUCCUGAGACAAGGGACACCUACAAAAUUGCUUAUAUAAUCCAUUUUCUGCUUGGUGCUGGUAAUUUGCUUCCAUGGAACGCUUUUAUCACAGCUAUUGAUUACUUUGGCUAUCUCUAUCCAACCAAGCACAUUGAGAAGGUCUUUUCUGUAGCUUACAUGAGCUCUUCUGUUCUGGUUCUACUAAUAGUCGUGAGUUGGGGUGGCUGGACCAAGCAUCUAAGUUAUAGAUUAAGAAUGAACAUGGGAUUUUGCAUUUUUGUACUCUCUCUAAUGGUGGCUCCACUAAUAGACUGGUCUUCGAGUGGCAGUGGGCCAGAAGGGAGAUCAAAUGUAGCCUAUGGUGUGACAGUUGCAUCAGUCGUGGUUUGUGGUAUAGCUGAUGGAUUGAUAGGAGGAAGUUUGAUAGGAGCAGCUGGAAAGCUCCCAAAACAGUACAUGCAGGCUGUUUUUGCAGGAACUGCCUCUUCAGGUGUUCUCAUUUCCAUCUUGAGGAUCAUUACAAAGGCAUCACUCCCUCAGAACCCUCAACGUCUCCGAACAAGUGCUCACUUCUACUUUAUAGUUAGCGCCAUCAUUCUGCUGUGUUGCGCUCUCUCUUCCAAUUUGUUAUACAAACUACCAGUUAUGGAACAGCAUUACAAACUUGCUCCUGAUGAUUCACUGUUUCCAAAACCAAAAUUUCGGGCUGUAGCAAGAAAAAUCCGAUGGCCAGCUUUUGGUGUUCUCAUGAUUUAUAUCGUGACUUUGUCGAUAUUUCCUGGUUUCAUAGCAGAAGAUCUCUCAUCCAAGUUACUAAAAGAUUGGUAUCCCGUUUUACUGAUAACAAUAUACAAUGUUGCAGACUUCACAGGGAAAUCUUUAACCGCAAUAUAUGUUCUGAAGAGCAUUAAGAAGGCAACAUGGGGUUGCAUUCUCAGGCUUGUGUUCUAUCCUCUCUUUGCAGCUUGUCUCAAUGGACCCAAGUGGCUGAAAACUGAAGUACCCGUGGCAAUUCUAACUUUCAUGCUUGGAGUGACUAAUGGCUAUCUGACAAGUGUUCUCAUGAUCCUUGCCCCCAUGGCAGUAUCAGUUUCAGAAGCAGAGUUAUCUGCAAUUGCAAUGGUUGUGUUCCUAGGAAUAGGGUUGGUUGGUGGAUCAGUUAUUGGCUGGUUUUGGAUCAUUUGAGCCUUUUUUUUCAGUCUCUCAGGCUAGUUGGGAACAGAUCAUAUUCACAAGUAAAAUUCAAGAACAAAACUAACCGGAGGUUAGCACCAGGAAUAAUCGAUGGCAAAUGAUAUGAAUUUAGAGCUAUCAAUCUUUAUUUUCCCAAUCAGCUGCUGAUUUCAUGUUCUGAGUGAAAGUAUCCUUAUCCUUUGUGUAUUGAAGAAGAUUAGAUUACUCUUCU